UCACAGUGUUAGUGUCAGUUUGAUUUAUCUUUCUCUUUAUUUGGUUUUUUUUCUUCAAUUGUCAUUUUUCUAAUUAAGUUUUUACCCUCCCAAACCAUUUGAAAACCCCAAGAAAGAGAGACCUCUCUCUCUCUCUCCUUGAUGAACUCAAUUUUGAUUCCUCAUCAUCACACCAAAUCCCAAAUUUUUUUUUUAAAGAAAAAAGAAACUUAAUUUAUAAUUUCUAAAACAAAUACCCACAUUUCCCUUCUUCUUCGCUUUCCCGGUUUUCGCUCUGUAUCUUGCUUCUCCACUGUCUCUAGCUUAAAGUAUUAAAUAGAUAAAUCUCCUGGGCUUUUGCCCCUCUUUUUAUUUUUUUUUAUUUUUUUAUUUUUUUGGUUUUGAACAGUUUGUAUAGUUGUGCAUGAUCAAUCGUAUGGGGUGAAUCAAUCUGGGUUCGGAUUUUUUUUAAUUGGAGACUUUGUCAGAUUCCACAUACAAAGAAAAAAGUGUAAAUGGGUUUUAUUAUGUGUUUGUUCGUAUCUGAUUUAACUGUCCCCUUGAGACUGUAUCUUAGAUCUGUUUGCUGCUGUGCUCGAUCCACUGCUUUAUUCCUGCUUUAACACUCAUUCUCAAGGUCAGAUCAUCACAUUUUAUGCCAUAUUACUAUUGCAUAUUUCUGUUUCUCAAUUCUAAUUGAUAGUGGAAUCAGUUCAGUUGCUCUUUCGCUGCUUUAAUUGCAUCUGGGGGUCUUUCUGGGUUUAAUGCUUCGGAGCAUGAAAAUUUGAUGAUGUAUAGUUACUUGAAAAGCUACAAGGUGGUUGGGGUGUUUAAUGUGUUUUUAAGAUUUUGUUUAAUUUUUUUUUCUUUUUGUAUUUCCUUAUGGUGCAAAGUGAGAUAAGCCCUCCACAUCAGAAUUAUUGGUGAAGUAUAUUUAUAUAUGCAAAAUGGGUAACGGCACUUCUCGUGUUGUGGGUUGUUUUGUGCCAUUUAACGGCAAAAAUGGUGUUGAUUUAGAGUUUUCAGAGCCACUGGAUGAGGGAUUAGGCCAUUCAUUCUGUUAUGUUAGGCCUUCAAUUUUUGACUCUCCUGCCAUUACCCCUUCAAACUCUGAGAGGUUUACAGUCGAUUCUAGCACUCUAGAUUCAGAAACGUUAAGUGGGUCAUUUAGACAUGACACAAUGGAUGAGCCCUCCUGUUUUCACAGGUCAAAUAAGACUUUCCCCGAGACUACAUUUAAAACCAUUUCAGGGGCAUCAGUUAGUGCAAAUGUUUCGACUGCUAGGACUGGUAAUCAGAGUGCAUUGUUUGCUAGUGACAUGCAAGAGCCUGCUGCAUCAUUUGAGAGCACCUCCUCAUUUGCUGCAAUCCCUUUGCAGCCAGUGCCUCGUUGCUCUGGCCCUUUGAAUGGCUUUAUGUCUGGACCCCUUGAGAGAAGUUUUGCUUCUGGUCCCUUAGAGAAGGGAAGUGGUUUUAUGUCUGGACCAAUUGAGAAAGGGGUAAUGUCUGGUCCUCUUGAUGCUACUGACAAAUCCAACUUUUCUGCUCCCCUUACACGUGGUUGUAGAAGACCGCGCCUCCAACACCUAGUCAGGAGCGUGAGUGGACCAAUGAAAAGCACUCUGUCUCGAACAUUCUCAAAACAUUCAAUUGGGACAGGUUGGAUGCAAAGGCUUUUCUUGCAUCCAGUGACCCAAUUGGCCUGGCAUGUUAGGGAGCCAAAGUUUCGACCAGAAGCUUCACGGAAUCUGGAAGGAGCAUCAUCGGAAGGGGAGUAUGUUAACAGUCGUAACUUGCAAUGGGCUCAUGGGAAAGCUGGUGAGGAUAGGGUUCAUGUCGUGCUCUCUGAAGAGCAAGGAUGGUUGUUUAUUGGGAUAUAUGAUGGAUUUAGUGGCCCAGAUGCACCAGAUUUCCUCAUGAGCCAUCUUUAUAGAGCUAUAGACAAGGAAUUGGAAGGAAUACUAUGGGAUUAUGAAGAUAAGUUAGUAAAUGAUCCAAUGAAACAUGAACUUUCUAAGAGCGUAAGCGUCGGGGCUACUUUGGAAUGUGAGAAGGUAGAUCAACCUAACUUGAGCCAAGUAACUUGUAGUAUAGAAGAAUCAUGUAAUACAGGAGUUAUCAUGGAUCAAUCUUGUAAUUGUGAAAUAGUAGAGGAAAGUGAUGAUAUUAGGAGCAUUCAGCAAUCAUCUAAUUGUGAAAAGCCCAGUAUCUCAGGCUCUGCCUCUGCUUCUAUUUCAACUGCCAACUUGACUGGCCAAGGAAGGAAAAGUAUGCGUUUGUAUGAGCUUUUACAAUUGGAAUCAUGCAAUGGGCUAGGUUGUGUCUCAAUGUCACUUGGUGAAAACCAAAAGAAUGGCAUGUGGAGUUGUCAGCCAAAUUCAGAUACUUUGGAUUCGAGGCCAACUUUAGAAGGGGAACAUCAGAGAUCUUGUUCAUUUAAUAAUGGCAAUGGGGAUGGUUCUAAUCAACAAGGUGAAGAUCCCUCUACAUCUAGAGAGGAUGGAGGGAUUGGGAUUGAAUCUAGGAAUCAAGAAGUCAUGACUGAUAUUUCCAUUUCAGUGCAGCGGCAGAGUACCAGAAAGUCUAUUAUCAGUUCAAAAAUCAGAAAAAUGUACCGGAAGCAGAAGUCUUUGCGUAAGAAGCUUUUUCCUUGGAGUUAUGAUUGGCACAGAGAGGAGAUUUGUGCUGAUGAAGGAGUAGUAGAACCUUCUGGACCUAUCAGAAGAUGCAAAUCAGGAAUUGUCGAUCAUGAUGCAGUUUUAAGGGCAAUGUCUGAAGCACUUGAACAGACUGAAGAGGCAUACAUGGAAAUGGUUGAAAAGACCCUUGACAAAAAUGCAGAGCUUGCUUUGAUGGGAUCUUGCGUUCUAGUAAUGUUGAUGAAGGAUCAAGAUGUGUAUGUAAUGAACCUUGGGGACAGCCGCGCGAUCUUGGCACAAGAGAGACCUAAUGAUCGCCAUCCUAAUCCAAGUUCUGCAAAGGAUGACAUGAGGCACAGGAACAGAUCCAGAGAAUCAUUAGUACGAAUGGAGCUAGACAGGAUUUCAGAGGAGUCGCCAAUGCAUAAUCAAAACAGUCAGGUAAAUAUGAUCAACAAGAAUAGAGAGAUCUCCAUUUGCAGAUUGAAGAUGAGAGCAGUGCAGCUUUCUACCGAUCAUAGUACAAGUAUUGAGCAGGAAGUGUUUAGAAUAAAGGCAGAACAUCCUGAUGACAACCAAGCCAUUCUGAAUGAUAGAGUGAAGGGACAGUUGAAAGUAACCAGAGCUUUUGGUGCUGGGUUUCUGAAGAAGCCAAUCUGCAAUGAAGCUCUUUUAGAGAUUUUUCAGAUCAAUUACGUAGGCACUAAUCCCUAUGUUAGUUGCAUUCCUUCUGUUGUUCACCAUCGACUUUCUUCAAGUGAUCAAUUCUUGGUUCUUUCCUCUGACGGGCUUUACCAGUACUUUAGCAAUGAAGAGGUCGUUGCCCAUGUCACUUGGUUCAUGGAAAAUGUCCCUGAAGGUGAUCCUGCACAGUAUCUAAUUGCAGAGCUUCUCUUCCGUGCUGCCAAAAAGAAUGGUCAGGAAUGGAUUUUCAUGAAUUGCUCGACAUUCCUCAUGGAGAUAGGCGUAAAUAUCAUGAUGAUGUCUCUGUUAUGGUGGUUUCGCUAGAGGGAAGGAUAUGGAGAUCAUCAGGAUAAUAGUUUUCACAUGUGCAUAUUGGCUUCAUAAUGUAACCAUUUUCAAGCUAAGGGUAAUCAUCUCUAUCUUCCAAUUUUAGAAUCAGUCUUGACAUUCUUUGGAAUAUAAAAUUUUUCUUUUGUCAAUCCAAUUCCUUUUUUUUUUUUUUUUUUUUCCUGUUGAAAGAUUAGCUUAUACAAAGUGGGAUGAUCGCUCCAGGUUGCUAUUUAAGCAUCCAAUUAUUUUUGUAUGCCUCAUUCAUCAUUUAAAUCCUUCAUUUUUCUUCUUCUUCUUGA